UUACGUCAGAAGCGCGUCCCCUCCUCCGUCGCCACCGCCGCUGUGGCUUAUGCUUGCAGUCUUUACGGAGGUUAGCGCGACGGUGGGAGAAAGUUUUCCCCGGAGAAACAUCAACAUUACCGGUCCUGGAAACUACGAAUCCUCGGCUCUGGAUGUUUCAAGUGGAUGAAAGCCUUCGUUUGGCAUUCCAGCACCUCGGUUACCGGAUACCAGCGCACUGUCCUGUUUUUUUGGGUGGGGGGGGGACGAAGGGGGGUUGAACAUUUGCUCAGCAUCAGUUGAGUGUCUUUCUGUCGGGGGUUUUAAAAAAAUCGCUAUUUUCUUUUAUUUGGGAUAACUUCCCCCUUCGUCUCCACUCGUCCCGCAAGAUCCGUUCGUGACAUGGAGACGCUGAGGUAACAAGGGCCAAGUGUCCGCCGCCGGCCGAGAGAAGUUGAGCUCCCCGCGCUCGAGUUCACCGGGGCCACUUCCUGAUGAUGACAGUAAACAUGGAUGACGGUCUCCAAAAUGGACUCCGACAGCCCAGGAACUUACAAGAUGACGAAGAGGCGCUCAACUCCAUCAUGAAGGACCUGGCGGCCCUGGGUUGCUGCUACACUCAGCACAACAGCCACAAGCCCAAAAGCAGGACCUUGCUGUACAAACAGGAUUUAAGAGUCAAGCUGGAGCAUGAGAGAGAAAAACGGAUCAUCCCAUUCCAGAGGCCGCUGAAGAUCAAGGAACUCCUCCAGAAAGUGACUGAGGCCUUUGGCCAGCAGAUGGACAUGUUCUUCAUGGAGAAAGAGAUGCUGUUGCCCCUCAAGAGCCAGGAAGACCUGGACCAGGCUGUGUUUUCUCUCGUCUCCAGCACGGUGACCAAUGGUCUACUCAGGAUAUUGCUGAAGACCCCCAAGAACAACCAUUACCUUCAGGUGAACAGCAGAGACAAGCAGAGCGAGAUGAGGUCCUCGCGGUCGCUGGGGGAUCUGAAAGGCUCACUGCUGAAGGGCUCGGAAAGGGUGCGCAAACACUCCACAGGUUCCCUCCACACGGGUCGGACGUCACCUCCCCCAGGGAGCGUCCCUGAAGAGCAGCAGCAAAUUGCUCGCCAGGGUUCCUACACCAGCAUCCACAGCGAGGGGGAGUUCAUUCCAGAGAUGCAAGACGCAAAUAUGUUGGAUCCCUUCGGGAGUGCUGGCAACUCGCUGUCGAGCAGCUGUCAAUCCAUCGAGCAAGCGCUUGACAGCCCGCCUUUCUCGCAGAACAACCGUGACAAUAAUUACCUGAACCUCAGCUACGAAUACAAAGGUCGCCACGGCAAAGGUGGGACUUUUCCUCGGCAGUUUCAGUUGCCCAAUCGGAGCAAAGACUAUGGUGAUCGUCGCAGGACACUUCCGCGCAGCUUCAUGCCGCAGGAAAACCUGUUCCAGCUGGUUCCCUCCAGCCGCACACGCAGCUACAACGGUGACGGUGGUGGCGGCCUACAGUAUGGCGAGUUGAGAACGCUCGGACGCAAUGUGGACAAAAGCUGCCAGCGCACCACGGCCAAGUCCCCACGGGCGCCGGUCAACUGGAGGCAGGGUAAGCUGCUGGGGCGUGGAGCAUUUGGUGAAGUCUACCUGUGCUAUGACGCUGACACGGGCCGCGAGCUGGCUGCCAAGCAGGUGCCCUUUGACCCUGACUGUCAGGACACUAGCAAGGAGGUGAAUGCUCUGGAGUGCGAGAUCCAGCUUCUGAAGAACCUGCGUCAUGAGAGAAUUGUACAGUACUACGGCUGCCUGCGGGACAUGGAGCAGAGGAAGCUCACCAUCUUUGUGGAGUUCAUGCCCGGGGGUUCGAUAAAGGACCAGCUGAAGGCCUACGGGGCUUUGACGGAGAAGGUGACGAGGAGAUACAGCCGGCAAAUCCUGCAAGGCGUCUCCUACCUGCACAGCAACAUGAUCGUCCACAGAGACAUCAAAGGUGCCAAUAUCCUGAGGGACUCCUCUGGUAACGUGAAGCUUGGAGACUUUGGGGCCAGCAAACGCAUCCAGACCAUCUGCAUGUCCGGCACGGGCAUCAAGUCUGUCACCGGCACGCCCUACUGGAUGAGCCCGGAGGUCAUCAAUGGCGAGGGAUACGGACGCAAAGCCGACGUCUGGAGUGUGGCCUGCACCGUGGUGGAGAUGCUCACCCAGAAGCCCCCGUGGGCCGAGUACGAGGCCAUGGCAGCCAUCUUCAAGAUCGCCACGCAGCCCACCAAGCCCGCACUACCGGAGGGCGUGUCCGACGCCUGCAGGGAUUUCCUGCGCCAGGUUUUCGUUGAAGAAAAGUGGCGGCCCACCGCCGACGUCCUGCUCGGACACCCGUUCGUCCAGGGCGGCUUCGGCCCCAAAUGACUCGGCGACCCGCCCGCGACCACCGACACCCCGCUAGAGUGAGCGCUUGGCGGCGGAGAGCUUUUCGGGCCCGCUGUGCUAGCUUAGUUUCAUUGCCAUCAGGGCAGCUGUGAUCGGCCGUGUGGUCGUACUGUAUACGCCACUCGUUAGCGCCCGUUAGCAGGCGAUUAUUUGUAUAUGACAACGCCCAAAAAAAACAAACCAAAAAGUCUGCCUGUUUUUGGUCAUCAAAGCCUUAUGAUAAUGCCGGCGUCGCAGCGAUCUGGCAAAAUGGCCAAAUCGGAGCCGUAACAGGAGUGGAGUCAUUUAUCGUCCCGCCCAGAAGAGUGGCGCGCUUUGACGCAGCCUGUUGUCGACGUGGGCGGCAAGGGCAGAGUACCGCUAUCCUGAUAUCGGAAGGUUCGUGAUCGCAUAUCAAGAUACGGCGAUUGCGAUAUGAUCGAUACAUUCGAAGGGAUUCACAACCGAUGGAAAAAAAAAAUGUCAGUAUGACAUCAAACGGUGACAAUAUCGAUUCUUGAUUCGUAUCAAUAAUGUCUGGCAAGACUUCAUUGUGCGAUACGUCAUGGUAUUGAUAUUUUUUGCAGUCGUCUCCGAUCUCGUGAUACUGUCUGUAUCCGGAUAUGGUUUAUAUAUGGAGCUGAGGUUUAUGUUCCAUUGGCUCGUUUCAAGAUGUGUUAAAAAAAGUGAAUCUGCAUUUGCGACAUUACAGGACUGCUAUUUGGAUGGCUCCAACGAUAUGCCACGCGAAAGCCACUUUUGGUCCCACUCUCAACUUGUCGGACAGCGGUUGUGUCUUUGAAAAGCGCUACUGUUGUCAAAAUGAAGCUCCUCAACUCACUUCAACGUGGUUCCUCGGCUUCAAGAUGACUUUUGUUCACAUUAAGCUCCUCCAACGUAGUACUUGGCGGCGAAAAUACCAGAUUGUAUUAGCAUUUAUUUUGACUUUGUAAACGGGCGAUAUGUCAUCUUAGCAUAAGACGCCGCAGCAAUGCCACGGCUGCAUCGGAGCCGUGACAGCGGCUAGUAUUUAUCCGCCGGUGCCUUAUAUGCAGGACUGAGCAAAGGCGGGAUCUGGCUGACAAGAAUCCCGCGAUCAGAUACUUGCACAACAGCAGUGACGAUUGCUUUGCCAAAACAGGCCCCCUUAGACUUGGGUGCUGCCUUUUCCAGCAUUCAUUUACCGCCUGAGCGCUAUCCUGUCUGUCUGUUAUGGCUCUGAUGCUUGUCUUGUAAAGAAGAAACGUCCCCCCCCCCCCCCCCCCCCCCCCCCACCGGUGCCUUUCACACAGAAGCAAGCGCAGGCGGGAUAUUGCCAACACGUGACACGGCGACGGCAUCCGCCAAUCAAAUGUCAAGCCGACGGGGCUUUUGCCAGCAUUGACCACGCAGGCAGUGCCCCCCGCCGCUGUUACGGCUCCGAUACGCUCUGGGGAGGCGGGAAAAUGUCUGCGAGAACGUCUUCUUUUAUUGCUCGUUUCUAAAGAGGUGCGCCUCCUCUCGCCGUUAGGAUUGUACAUUGCACUUUUUGAUAUGGCGCCACCUUUUUACCCGAUAGACGCCGGCAAUUUUUCUACUUUUUUAAUAUACGUGAGCGUUUGCCUCUCAAAGCAAUAGCGGCCACUCCUCCCUAUUCCGAGUGGCCCUCGCAUCCAUUCCAGUCUGUGGACAAGUGGCCAAAGAGAAUGUUGAGCACAUUCACGUCUUGCUGUUGUUUAUUUGACUUUGACAGUAUUCCUCUUUGUUUUUCCCGCAACCUCGUUCUACGUCGAUGGCAGCUUGGAUUUCAAUCACUUCAUUGCCUUGACCUUCGGCUUUCCGCGCUGUAUAUGAAGAAGCUAAUUAUCACCGCCACCCCUCCCAAAAAGCCUGGCUGGGGUGACAAAAAAAGAACGAUCAAAUGUUUUUAUUCCACCCUCAUCUGUGCCUUACCUGCUUGGAACAAUGAAUUGCUGAAACUCUGAUAUGGACAAAAUAAAACACACACACACACACAGUUGCACACUUUUUGUAUGACGCUCAAAAUACACGGGAACAUUAGCUGCGUUCCACAGUCGAUUGUAAUAUGACUUUGACCGGGGUUUGGACGAUUGUCUCUUUCCGGGGCUUUCGAUCGGGACUCACUUUUUGUUUUUGUCUGAAUGACAAAGCCUAAAAAAAUGUAUCAUGUCAUUCAUCUUUUGUACACUUAAACUACAUAAAUCAAAGGUCCAAGUCGGCUUUCUUUGUAACUUAAUAAAUCAAAAUGUUCAAGUCA